AUGAUCGCCGCAAGAUCUCAACCGAAGGAGGACACGUGGGCGUUCCAAAAAAUUGGAACUGCAUUCCCUCCAAAUCCUGUGAAAUGCCUUGGACAACAGAACAUGUACGUGGCCCUGUGGUACAAGCAUGGAAAGCCAAUCCACGGGCGGUCGUGGAAUAACGGAGGCGUUGUCGAGUGCUCAUUCCCUUAUAAAAAAGUCGAAUUGAGUACAGCUCGGCAACUUGAAGGGAAUAUCCAGGUGCUUCAAUACACAGGAGAUCAUAACAGCCAAGGAUUCUGGUAUGAAUGGAUUCGAUAUGGAGAUAGACUUGAGAAAUCAGAAGGUCGUGAACUUGUACACUGUGGAGAUUCCUUUCCUAUUCUAUGGAAGGACCGUCCAGAGGUACGUCUUAAAUUAAUAGGAAGGAUGGGGAAGCGGUCACCGAUCGGCUACUAUGCCAUCAAAGAAACCUGA